AUGAGGUUGUUAGGAAAAGGUCCAUUGGAGCAACAGGAGGUGGACCCCCAGAAAAAAAAUGUGGAGAACUGCACAACAAAGUUGUCGAGUUAUGUAAGGAUCAGGCUGCUUUCAGUGGGAUUCCUGGUGGACUGGAGACAGUCAUUGAUCUUGGGCAUGCACCCUCAUUCAGUACAAGAGACGCCAGGGACAUCAAGACAAGAGGAAGGAGUGGAUGUAGCUGCGAAUUUCACGAAUGAAAGCAAACCAGCUACAUGUACUAGUAACACGAGUCAAAAGAAGAAGAAGUCAAUCUCCGAGGAGCUCCAGGAGGCUCAACUACAGUUCUUCAUUUCCCAGACAGAGAAGGUGCAACUACAGAAACAGCUCAUAAAGGAAGAGAUAGAAACUUCAAAAAACAAACGUCUGCUGAUGAGCAAGCUCAUCAUCUCCAUAGAGAAUAAAGACAAAGACGAAAUAAGAAUGUUUCAGUUCCUCGUUGAUGAAUAAUGUAUUUAAUAACACAAAUUACAACAUUCAAAUUAUCCAUUCUCAGUCAUGAUAAGUAAACUAAUGUAAAAAUGUGAUGUAUUGUUUGUAUAGUUUUGCUUUGUAUACACAUUUACAUACAUUUGUACAUGAAAGAAAUAUGUUAAUGCAACAUUUUGUAUCUUGAACACGCAUACCUGCCAAAAGUACACAGCCUGCAUUAAAUCAUAUCAAACCUG